AUGGAGUUUCAGAUUGGAGAAAAUUUCCUUUUGAAGGUAUCACCCAUGAAUAGGGUGAUGAGAUUCGAUAAGAAGGGUAAGUUCAGUCCGCGAUAUAUAGGUCCCUUUGAGGUUCUUGAAUGCGUAGGACCUGUGGCGUAUAGAUUGGCUCUACCCCCUAAUUUGUCCAGAGUACAUCUUGUAUUUCAUGUGUCUAUGUUGAAGAUAUAUCACGGAGAUGGGGGCUAUAUCAUUAAGUGGGAUUCAAUUGUACUAGAUAAAGACAUCCAAUAUGAGGAGGAACCAAUUGCUAUUCUUGAUAGUGAUGUUCGUAAGUGGAAGACCAAAGAAAUUAAGUCCGUAAAGGUUCAACAGAAGCAUUCUCCAGUCGAGGAAGCUAUUGGUACUUUUUGA